GUGAGGUUGAGCCCGAGAUUUGUGGUGAGUGGACUGAGCGAUCGAGUGACUCGGCUUGGUGAGUUACUGACUCAGCUACUUGGAGGCUGCGUCAGACGGGGCGGCAGUGGCGACAGACGCAAGAAGAUGACAUCCUGAGUUCCACUUACGGGGUCCCCGAUUCCAAAGCCCGAGGGACCGGAAUAUGGAGAUGAGCUGAGAGCAGACGAUCGGGGAGACCUCGGAUCGGGCCAUCGCGAGGGAGCACGGCAGAUCGGGAGAUUCAAAGAGCGGGAGGACACCUUGAGACCUCGAGACCGGGAGGUUGGAACACCAGGAGGACCUCGUAUCGGGGGAUCGAGACGUGGGGAGGCCGACAGGGUGUGAGAUCCAGAAGAUCGCCAGACCCGACUGUACGCAGGAGGCCAGGAGGAGUUGGGGAGAUUCGAAGACCGCGAGUCGGGAAGCGCGAGUAACUCCUGGGUUCCGCAACCAGGAGGCGAGGAGGUCAAGGAGGUCCUUGGAGUCGAGAUCUGUGAACCCCACGAGCCUCGCCCGGAGAUCGAUGGAGCGACUCGCCCGGAUCACCCCGGCCCUGCUGCUGCUGCUGCUGCUGAGCCUUCAUAGCGGGGCUGCAGGGAGCGUGGAGGGUGCACGCGCAGCGCGGGUCGCACGAGCGGCCCCGACGCAGUCGUUCCUGCUGGAGCUCGAGAUCUCCACCACGGACGAGUUCUUUGACAAACAAGCCUUCAUCAACCUUCUGCUCAACCUCCCUCCGUCAUCCUUCAACGGCAGCUACGUCAACAUCACCGAUCCCGUGCUCAUCAGCGAGUGUGUCCCCCAAGGCAACGAGACGCAGUGUCGGUGCGGAGCGGGGCUGCUGUGGGACACCUCCACCUGCCAGGCGCUGGGGCCCUGCCCCUCGGACCCCUGGGGAGCCCCGCAGGGGUGCAGCUGCGUCCGGGGAGCACCCGCGGACCCCUUCCAGUGCAGCGCGCCGCCCCCUGCAACCACAUCGACAACCACCCCCAUCGCCACGACCGCCAUGCCAACCACGACAGCACCCACAACGUCAACAACGACGCCCAACGUCACAACCACCCCCAAUGUCACAACCACCCCCAACGUCACAACCACCCCCAACGUCACGACGACGCCCAACGUCACGACCACCAUGCCAACCACCACAGCACCCACAACGCCAACCACAACAACGCCAACAACAACGCCAACAACAACGCGAACAACAACACCAACAACAACAACGCCAACAACAACGCCAACAACAACAACGCCAACAACGCCAACAACAACAACGCCGACAACAACACCAACAACAACGCCAACAACAACGCCAACAACAGCAACACCAACAACAACACCAACAACAACGGUGACCACCACGACGGCAAGGACCACAGUGAAGCCGAUCACCCCUUCUCUCCCUCCACCCACGAGUUCCUUUAAGACGUCGUUGAGGAUGGCGAAAGAUUUCACGGAUGACUUGAAGGAUCCCACUUCGGCCGAAUACAAGAAGUUGGAAAGCGAGAUCCUUAUUAUUCUCAUAGGGGAGUACGCGAAAAUUGGGUCGACGUUCCGGGGGAUCCGGAUACUUGGAUUCAAGAAAGGCAGCGUCAUCGUUGAAUACGAGAUCUUGGGUGACAACCUCACCUUGCAAGAGGUCGCUAACAAGACAAAGAGUGUGAUUAAUGUCCUCCUUAAGAACAAUAUGAGCACAGACCAGAUGGAAAUCCUGGAGAUCUUGAAGACAGGAAUGAUUAAGAACCAGAGUAUGGACAGCCUACUUGUGGGAGCUCGGCUCGUGCUGCAGUGCAGCCUGGAGGACAGGGACGCAACUAAUGGAAUGUGGACGGGCAGCGGCAUCGCAGAAGGAAAUCAGACCCAUUGGUCGAACUUGCUGGAGAAAGGGGUGACUCUCACCUUCGAUCACGUGCUACAGACGAACCAAGGCGAGUACCGGUGCUCCUUCAAUUUGUCCGACGUCAUUUACUACGACGUCAUCACCGUGCCGGCUCCCGUGCUGCUCAAGGCCCCUUGGGGGCUCGGCCCGGCCGGCGGGGUCACCCUGCAGAGCGGGAAGACGAGGCAGCUCCCCUGCUGCUUCAACACGAGUGAAAACCGCCAGUACAACUACACCGUCACGUGGAAGGUGGCGGACCAAGUGUUGAACAACAGCCAAGUCUUUCACAACACGUCUGGGAUCACGUGCUGGAACCACACCGUGUCGUGGGAGGAUGUGGAACAGCCGCGGACGUACAGCUGCUGGCUCGCCAUCGACAAGCAUAACGUGAACAGCAGCAUUGACGUGGGCUUCUACGUGACACGUUACGGGAUAACGUUCCAUAACAUGAACCCAAAGCCCCGCGAGAGUGUGAACAUGACGUACGACCGCAUCCUGAAGUCCAACGAGAACGUGGCGUGGUUCAAGGACGGUCAGGAGUUGAACACGAAUGAAUUUUUUACAUUAUACAACUCCACUGGUUCUUACCCAAGCCUCAUCAUCAGGAACGUGCAGCUCAAUCAUCAAGGCACGUACCGCUGCCAGGUGCUGGACGGCUUGAUGGUGUUCGAGGGCAACGGCACGAUGCGGAUCACGGCCACGCCCGAGGUCGACCCGAUGAGGGGAUCCUUUAGCACCACCUCCAGGCGGUGCAACGACAAUAACCUGCAAGUGCCCCUCGAGCUGUGCCUCGUGGUCCCUGCCAGCGGCACCGCCACCUGGACAAUAGGGGGCCAAGACAUUCCCUACGUCGCACCCAUCAAUAUCACCACGGGCUGCUCGGCUUACAACGUGACACGUAAACCCCUGUCCUGCAGCGAUGUCACGGUCACGUGCAUAUUCUCGACGAACGGCCUCAACUCCGCCCCCAAAACCCUCACGGUCGUCUUCACAUCGGGUACGGACAUCUGCACGGAUAAGGAUAAUGUGUGGCCGGAUACAAAUAAAGAGAGCGUGGCCACCAUACAAUGCGGAAAGGGCUACACCGGAUACAUCAAUCGGACAUGCUUACUGGACGGGUCAUUCGGCAACGCAACCGACAACUGCGUCUCCAAUGCCUUAAAGAACGCCAGCAAUGAAAUAAAAGACCUUCAGGCUGGUGUGGGCAAAGUGGAAGUUAAAGUUCCGGAGGUCCUGGCAUUGUUGACCAACGCCACCACGAACACAACCAACAUCCUCCAAGGAGAAGUCACGUCCGUCAGCGAAACCCUUGAGAACAUUGUGAGCGUCUCCGGCAAUUACACGUUCAGCCCAGCCGUGGUCAAGAGUUUUAUUAACUCUGUGAGCAACCUGCUGUCAACAAAUACGAUAAGCAGCACAGCAGGGGAUGCCGUCAAAACCGAGAGCUCCAGGCUGCUGAAGAACGUGGAGGCGUUCGCCAACACCAUUGACACCGACGCCUUCAACACGACGACAGAUACGCAGAAGGAUUUCGACAUCAAGACCGCCAACAUUGUGCUAAAUGGCACGGUGUACGGCAACAACAGAAUAACACCGUACUUGAAGGUGUAUUUCAACAACACGGUGUCCAUUGACGAGGACGUGAUCAAAAAUCUUACACGACCCAUCAUCAUCACCAGCAUUUUCUUCCCGACGCUAGGAGACGUUCUCGGACAGGCUGCCCCUGAGAACUCAACGAAUGAGACGGCCAAUGCGCCGAAGGUGGCCAGCAUCGUGGUCAGCACCAUCUUAAAAGUCAAUUCCAGCCUGAGCAAGAUCACCAUGGAUAUGAAUCUCAUUCCGCUGGCCAGAAACUACAGCAACUACAGCUGUGUCCACUGGAGUUUCAAGAUGAACAACUACUCGGGGGGGUGGUCCGACGAAGGCUGCACUGUCGGCAAUUACAACAACCAGACCAAUGUCCUGACGUGCAUCUGCAGCCAUCUCACCUCGUUCUCCGUGCUCAUGUCGCCCAACGGAGAUAAUGCAUUAAGUGAUUUAGAAAAGAAAACCCUCGGCUACAUCACCUACGUGGGCGUGAGCGUCUCCAUGGGCGCGCUCGUGUGCGCCCUCAUCGUCGAGGCCGUGGCCUGGCGCUACGUCAGGAAGCAGGAAAACUCGCGCAUGCGCCACAUCAUCCUCAUCAACAUCUGCGCGUCGCUGCUCUUCGCCGACGUGUGGUUCAUCGUGGCCGCGUCCGACGUCAGCACCAAGGUUAACACCAACCUCUGCCUGGCCUCCACCUUCCUCAUGCACCUCGGCUACCUCUCGGUCUUCUUCUGGAUGCUGUGCGAGGGCCUCUUCCUCUUCUACCUCGUCGUCAUCAUCUUCAGCCGCGUCCCCAUGAAGCAUCUCAGGGCGGCCGCGUUCGCCGUGGGCUACGGGGCGCCGGCCGUCAUCGCGGUCGUCACCAUCGCCGUGACGAAGCCGCGCGACGCGUACACGCGGAAGGGAGUCUGCUGGCUCGACUGGGAGAACAGCCGGGCUCUGCUGUCCUUCGUCGUACCCGCGUUGGUCAUCGUCGGCUUCAACACCAUCAUCCUGGUGGUGGUGCUCACCAAGAUCCUGCGCCGUCGCAGCGUCAGCGCGGCCAUCAGCGAGAGCCCCUCGGUUCGCGUCAAGCAGCUGGCCAAGAGCAUCGCCGUCAUGAUGCCCGUCCUCGGGGUCACGUGGGGACUCGGCAUCUUCGCUUUCAGUAAAGAGAACAGCGACAACCAAGCUCUGCACUACCUGUUCACCAUCUUCAACUCCCUGCAGGGCUUGUUCAUAUUCCUCUUCGACUGCCUCAUGGACAUCGAGGUGCGCAAGGCGAUCAAGAAAGUGACGGGGAUCAACCUCGUCGCACGACACAAUCCGUGCGCGUGA